UUGACAUUGUGCGUUGUUUUAUUAUAUCAAUAAUAAAGUGACUUUAUACUCAUUAUUAUAUACAAAAUUUUAUUGAUGUGAAGCAAAAUAUUAUAAUUUUAGAACAUUUGCUGAUUCGCAGGCUCGUCUAAGCAAGAGUACGCGAGGUGGGGCCACGAUGUUUACUUCUUCUGCGCGGAGCGAAGACUAUGACCCGCACCGUCAUCGAAAUGUUGAAAAACCCACCUCGUACGCGGAGACCAUGACGCAUAUGGUGAAAGGCUGUGUCGGCGCUGGCUUGCUGGCGAUGCCCAACGCCUUCUACCGCCUGGGUCUAAUAAUUGGCAGUAUCGGUGUUAUAUUCUUAGGAGUCUUUGCUACAUACUGUAUACAAAUUCUGAUCAUUGGGCAGUACAUAAUCUGCAAGAAGCACAAAGUGGGCUACAUGUCGUAUCCUAUGAGUAUGAGGCUGGCACUGCAGAGUGGCCCUCCGUCGAUGCGCUGGUCUGCCAACUUAUUUGCCGUAGCUGUGGACGCAUUUCUCAUUAUUUGGCAAAUAGGAGUUUGCGCUAUAUUUUUGGUGUUUGUCGCUGAAAAUUUAAAACAGUUCAUAGAAUUUUGCGGAGGCAGCAUGCCAGUGAGGUUGAUUAUCUUGUGUUUGUAUCCUGUCCUGGUGAUGAUAUGUCUGAUAAAGGAUUUAAAACUGUUGGCGCCACUAUCUACAUUUUCCAAUCUUUGCAAUGCCGUCGGGCUAGUUCUUAUAUUUUUUUACUUGGCACAAGGAAGUCUCGUCUUCAAAGAAUCCAUGUUGGAGAUGCAAUCAUUAGUUGACAUCCCCGUGUUCAUUGGUAUAGUGCUGUAUGCGCUGGAGGCCGUGGGAGUGGUUCUGGCGCUCGAGCGCAACAUGGAGAAUCCGAAGGAUUUCACGGGAUUAUUUGGACUUUUCAGCAUCGGUAUGGCUAUUAUUGUCGUCAUGUACAUGAUUCUGGGCAUUUUUGGAUACAUCAAGUACGGAGAUGAAAUUAAAGCAUCCAUUACGCUCAAUCUGCCGCAAAAAGAGAAGAAGGCGCAAGCAGCUAAGUUAGCAUUUGCUGCAACAAUAUUCACAUCAUUUCCUCUACAAAACUUUGUGGCUUGGCAAAUCCUCUGGGGAAUACUGCAAAAGAAGUACCCAUCAUCCGCGAUGGACUAUGGACUUCGUGUGGGGUGUGCCACAAUUCCAUUUGCAAUGGCGGUCGCGGCGCCCUCGCUUGGCCCGUUCAUUGGACUGAUUGGGUCACUCUGCCUGUCUACUGCGGCGAUCAUGUUCCCAGCCAUUAUCGACAUCUGUGUAUUCUACCCCGACCAGUACGGCCCUGCUAAAUACAAAUUGUUCUCGGAUAUCUUCAUCAUAAUAUUUGGUAUCUUCUGUUGUUUCUCUGGCGUUUACACCAGCCUACUUGAAAUGGUUGACAGCCUGAGCUAAGCAUUAUAACAGUAGAUUCACAUAACUUAUGUACAAUCAAGGGUAUAACGCACACUGGGCUGCCUGAUGUUGGAGUCCGUUGGAUUUUUCUACAUUGUAAGUCCAGUCCAACUAUGAUUUGGCACUACACGGCGAAAAUAAUUCCCGAAAGCAUCCACCAGAAUCACAAUGAGAACGUUCACAAUCUUUGAUUUUAUUUUUAAAUUAAAAUAUUAUAUUAAUAUAUGUUUACUAGUUUUAUUA